CUUCGCAGCGGUUCGCCAUUUUGAUCCAGUCGAGCAGCAGCUUCAGUUAAAGUUGCAGCAAAGCGGCGGUGAAAACAAACAACACAGGAGCACCUUUAUCAGGAAGAAAAAAACAGCAGAAGUCAACAUGAGUGGCUGUCGUGUCUUCAUCGGCCGUUUGAGCCCACACGCCAGAGAGAGAGACGUGGAGAAGUUUUUCAAAGGCUAUGGAAGAAUCCGGGAAAUCAACUUGAAGAAUGGAUUUGGCUUCGUGGAAUUUGACGACCACAGAGACGCAGAUGAUGCUGUGUACGAGCUGAACGGCAAAGAAUUGUGCAGUGAAAGGGUCACUAUUGAGCAUGCUCGCUCCAGAAGAGGAAGAGGCGGCGGCCCCGGUAUGGGACGUUUCGGCAGCAGCAGUAGCAGCUAUCGUCCAUCUCGCAGCAGUGGAUCCAGGUACGGCCCUCCUGUGCGAACCGACCACAGACUCAUUGUAGAGAACCUGUCCUCACGGAUCAGCUGGCAGGACCUGAAAGACCUGAUGAGAAAAGCAGGUGAAGUUACCUUUGUGGACGCUCACAGACCCAACAAAAAUGAAGGGGUGGUUGAGUUUGCAUCUCGCAGUGACAUGAAGAACGCCAUCUCCAAGCUCGAUGGGACAGAGCUGAAUGGACGCAAACUGAAGAUCUUUGAGGACAGCAGGAGUCACAGCAAGAGCCGCUCUCGCUCUCGCAGCUACUCCCGCUCCAAGAGCCGAUCCAGGAGCCGCAACCGCUCCAGGAGCCGCUCCAGGUCCAUCAGCCGGACCCCGGAGAAGAAGACGUCCGGAGGGGGGAAGGCCGGAGGCAGGUCCCCCUCCAGGUCCAAGUCUCGCUCCAAGUCCAGGUCCAGGUCCAAGUCCGUCUCCAGGUCCCGCUCGCGCUCCCCGGCCCCGGCUCAAGACAAACAGUCCCGUUCACGUUCCCGAUCCCGUUCUCGUUCCCGGUCCCGAUCCCGUUCGCGCUCCCGCUCCGCCUCAGCAGACAGCAAACACUGAAGCAGUUUCCUCUGUAACAGAGACUGAUAUCUGCUGACCGCAGGCCUCAGCGAUGGUGUGAAGUUUAUCGUUUUCUUUUUUUAAAAUAAAGGGGAGAAAUUUGACUUUUACAAACCCUCAGUCUUUAAUGUGCGCAUAUUUGGCUUUGGUUUGUGUUUUAUUUUCUCUGUAAUUCUUAGUUUUUUGGACGUGCUUCCACACAGAAGAGGUUUUUUUUCUUCGUUGUCAUGAUUUAAACAUUUCCAUCUUUCAGAGCCCGUUCAUAUCUCGAUGAAAUCAGUGAUGCUGCUGCUGGAGUCUGUUUGUAGCCGUCUGCUGUGUUUUUGAUUCCAUCCACUCCUCUGUGCUUUGAGAGAAUCGCCGAUGUAUUUGGUUUGAGCUCCUGUCAUGAAACUGUGACUACGCUUCCGAUGAGGCGCUUCUACACGUGUUGCAUUCACUGCCCUGAUAUGUGAACAGAGAGAAACAUCUCAGCUGGUGAUUUAGUUCAACCAGAGUCAUGCUUUUGGAAUCUGGCAUUAGUUUUUUUUUUUUUUUUGUUAAUUUGUGUGUUUCUGGUUUAUUAUUACCUCCUGUUCCUCCAGUCUGUCCAGGAUCUAAAAACAUCUUUUCUUUCAGAAGGUUUAUUAAUUUGAUACUAAUGAAACACCCGCAGCAUAUCAUGAUUUCUUUUUUUUUUUUUGUUAGUGUUUUUUUUAAGUAUUUUGUUAAAAUAAUCCUCGGUGGGUCAGGAGUUGAUUUAAAAAGUCUGAAGUUUGACCUUUCACAAACUGUUUAAUCUGUUGACGUCUUUCUGUCCUGCAGUGAUUUCAGCACAAAUGUAUGCAAACGUCAGGUUGGAACACGAAUAAACAUGUUUGAUUUUAAA